CAGAACCGGAAGGGCUCUUUCUUCAUUGUGUCUACCUUGAUGACCCUCAUGACAAGCCACUCAUUGAUGUAAGCAGUGCCUACGGCUUAAAUGAGCCUCGUUCAGGAGCAUUUCUUAGUUCACGUACGAACGGAGAGCAGACAGAGACGGGCUCUCCUCCUCCUCAUCCUCCUCCUCCUCCGUCCUGUCCCUCCAUCUCUUUCUCUCUCUCUCUCUCUCUCUGUCGGUCUCUAUCCAUCAUCCAUCCAUAUGCGUCUUUUGGAUACCUGCCUCUCAUAGAGCGCGUCAGCCUCCGUGGAUCAUCCAUCCUCCACAUGUCAUCCCCUGUGUAGUCCCGCUGGAGGCUGUAUUUAUAGCAAUGAUGCCCGGCUGAACGGCGCACAGCAGUGUUCAUCUUCCAGUGACGCGCAGCGGGAUCGCCGAGCGAACAAGAGCUUGGUGCUGCUUUGCUUCUUGGAGUGUGACUGUGCGUAAUGGAUUUACUGUUGUCAGAGAAAAGUUGGAUUUUGUGAAGAGCCCAGUGGACACCUUAAAAUGGACAGAAUAGGAGUGCGUUUUUAGAAAGGUGCUUUUGGCUUGGAAUCACACCGUGAGAGGAAAUGCACAGAGCGUGGAUACUCUUCUUUCUCAUAGAAGAGGGAUUUGCUCUGGCACAGAGAACUAAAGAUUCCCCAAGCGAUCUUGGCGGCCAGAGCCCUAACCAAAAUGACUGUGGCACGUGGGUCCGCAACAUCAAUGGCGGGGUGUUUACAUCGCCAAACUACCCCAACACCUACCCGCCCAACAAAGAGUGUGUUUACAUCCUGGAAGCCCUCCCUAGACAAAGGAUUCAGCUGGCAUUUGAUAAGAAUUACUACAUCGAGCCAUCAUUUGAGUGCCGCUUCGAUCACAUUGAAAUCCGUGAUGGGCCGUUUGGCUUUUCGCCACUCAUUGAUCGCUUCUGUGGGGGAAAGAACCCGGGCCUGGUUACGUCCACUGGACGCUUCAUGUGGAUCAAGUUCACCAGUGACGAGGAGCUGGAAGGCCUUGGCUUCCGCAUCAAGUACACCUUCAUUGCAGACCCUGAUUUCCAUCUGCACGUGGGCGGACUGCUAAACCCCAUCCCAGACUGUCAGUUUGAAAUCGGUGGAUGGGAUGGGAUUAUUCGUUCCAGUCAGGUGGAGGAGGAAGAGAGAGUGAAGCCUGGUGAUGCACUAGACUGUAUCUGGACUAUAAGGGCUCCUCCUCAGUCCAAGAUCUACCUGCGCUUCAUGGAGUACCAGAUGGAACACUCUAAUGAGUGCAAGAAGAACUUUGUGGCCGUGUAUGAUGGCAGCAGCGCCAUUGAAAAUCUCAAGGCCAAGUUCUGUAGCACCGUGGCCAAUGAUGUGAUGCUGGACAACGGUGUGGGAGUCAUACGAAUGUGGGCAGACGAAAAGAGCCGACUCAGCCGGUUCCGCAUGCUCUUCACCUCAUUUGUUGACCCCCCCUGUUCAGCCAAUACUUUCUUCUGCCACAGCAACAUGUGCAUUAACAACUCCCUGGUGUGCAAUGGGGUUCAGAACUGUGUCUACCCAUGGGAUGAAAAUCACUGCAAAGAGAAGCGAUCUAAGGGGCUUUUUCAUCAGAUCACUAAGACCCAUGGCACUGUCAUUGGUGUCUCAUCAGGAAUAGUUCUUGUUCUUCUUAUCAUCUCCAUCCUGGUCCAGAUGAAGCAGCCAAGGAAAAAGGUUGUAGCUCGCCGGCCUGGUGUCUUCAACAAGGCAGGCUUCCAGGAGGUCUUCGACCCACCCCACUAUGAGCUCUUCUCUCUUCGCGACAAGGAGAUAUCAUCAGAUUUAGCUGACCUGUCUGAGGAGCUGGACAGCUUCCACAAGCUGCGGCGCUCCUCCACCAUGUCCCGCUGUGUCCAUGAGCACCACUGUGGCUCGCAAGCCUCUGUGGCUACUGGUGGUGGCAGUAUGAAGCACAGCCGCACCACCCUGAGCUCCAUGGAGCUCUCCUACCACAACGACUUCUCUAAGCCACCACCCAUGAAGACUUUCAACUCCACAGCCAGUUACAAGAAGAGCUGCUAUGGCUACAAGCAGCACUCACAGACUCAUGACUGCGACCAACAGGUCAUUGAGGACCGUGUCACAGAGGAGAUCCCAUGUGAGAUAUAUGGCCGUGGAGGAGGCGGAGCAGGAGCCACAGGUGGAGUAGCAAUGGGAGGAGGAGCAGGAGGGGCAUCAGGAAUUGCAGGAGGAGGGAUUGGAGGAGCAGUAGGGAUAACAGGCGGAAUGGCAAUGGCAGGAGGAAUGGGUAUGGCGGGGCCUAGUGGCAUUGCUGGAGGUAUCGGCGGUGGGAUGGCAGGAGCCUGCGGAACCCUCAGUAUCCGCGGCAACAGCGCUCGUAACAGCACCACCAUAGUUGACCCACAACAGCGUUCCAUGUCCAUGGACUUUUAGAUGGUGAAGGGAGGAAGAAAAGAAGAGAGAGAAUACAGAAAGAGUUCACAUUUCACUCAUCAAAAGAAGAGGAGGAAGAAGAGAAGAAAGGCGAUUCACAAUAAUCAUAAAUUGAUCACUGCUCCCCUCCCUCCUCUGCCUUUGCUUUCAAAACCGUUUUAAAAGUAUUGCAGGUAUCACAUAAGGAUCUUCUCUCAAAGGCUCGUCUGCAGGUUUGGGAAAUUGGUAGAGAAGACUUAAGGAAUGAAAAGGAGGAAGAGAAAAAAAAACAAGAAAAUACUGGCUCUAUUCUUCAGGAUACUGAAGGGUGUAGAGUGAAGAGAGGGUGGAGACAUCUUGUCUCUCUUCCUAUCUUAUUUAAUCUCUCUUUUUCUGAAGACACAUGUAAUAAGAGGGUUCUCGCAUGCAGACCCAGACUUCUCUCUGUUUGGUAGCCUAGAAGACCAGGUAACCACUCAUGAACAGGGAGCGUAAAAGACAAAGAAAGAGACAUCCUAUUCUGAGUUUUUACAUUUACUCACCUGCCAUGCACAGAUAUAUGAUAUAUAGUGAGUCUUCUAAUAAUUUGAGUCUUUAUUUUUGUCAGUGUACUGUACUGUUAAAACCAGUAUAUAUCCAGCCUCAUGAUGAUGCUUGGCUUUUAACUCUUUAAUCUUUUUCAAAUGUUUCCCAGAUGAUUUUAUGAAGAUGACUUGUGUUGAUGAUGAGGUUGUUAAUGAAGUUGCUGUUGUUGAUGAUGAUCAGGAAUUUGAUGAUGACAAUGAUAAUUAUGUUAUAUUACUAUAAUAAUUGUGUAUUUUCAUUGUUACCUCACACACAGAGGGAACGCUCUAUUUACGGUAGUCUCUCCUCAGGAAGAGCACAUGAAGAGUGUGUCUUGUUUUGGUAAGAAAUUGAGGGAACAAAGUCUGAUUCAAGAUAUGGGUGAUAAUUUAUGGAAUGUGAAAUGUGUAUGGCCUGGACUGGAUCAAAAUAGUAACCAUCCCACUCCCAAACCUUACCCUUCCCAGGAGAAAAUGUAUUUUCUCAAUUUCCCUAUUAACUGAGUGUGUGAAACAAGCACAAUCUGUUUCCCUGAAGAGACAGACAUGUAGCCUAUAUGAGACUCAUUUAUGAUUUUAACCACUGGUUGUAUAAUUUCAUUCUGUUGAAUUAAAUGAGAGCU